AUGGCUUCCGCGAGCUUCUUCCAUUAUCCCAAGGCUAAUUACGUUCUUGAUGAUCAGGCGACGCCGCGCCGUUCUGCUGCUGGUGGUGGUGGUGCUCGUCGCGGGCGCGGUGGCGGCGGCGGCCGACAUGGCGGGCGACCGCGCGGCGCUGCUGGCGCUGCGGGACGCGGUGGGGGGGCGGCACCUGCCGUGGGACCCGUCCGCGCCCACGCCGUGCGGCGGCGCGUAGCACGGCGUCGGGUGCUCCACUGCUCCGCCGCCGGCGACCGCGUCACCGAGCUCCGGCUCCCCGGGAAGAGCCUGAGAGGAGCGGUGCCCGUGGGCACGGUCGGCAACCUCACCGCGCUGCGGACGCUGUCGCUCCGGACGAACGCGAUAUCCGGCGGGGUCCCCGCGGACAUCGGCGGCUGCGUCCAGCUCCGGUCGCUGAACCUCUCCGGGAACCGGCUCGCCGGCAGGUUGCCGGAGGGGCUCUUCUCGCUGGCGCUGCUCGAGAAGGUGGACCUCUCCGGGAACCGCCUCAACGGCGGCGUCUCGCCGGAGUUCAGCCGGCUCGCGAGCCUGACCACGCUGAACCUCGACCGCAACGGCUUCAAUGGCACGCUCCCCGGUAACCUGAUGCUGCCGAAGCUCGCGCAGUUCAACGUGUCGUACAAUGGCCAGCUCGGUGGCGCCGUGCCGGCGUCGCUCACCGGGAUGCCGGCGAGCGCCUUCCUCGGCACGGCGCUCUGCGGCGGCCCGCUCGCCCCGUGCGCCAACCCCUCGCCGCCGUCGCCCGGGGGCAGCAAGGGCGUACGUGAGGAAGAAGAGGAUAGGAGAGAGAGAUGCCAUGAAAAAUGCAAUUGCAGGAUGAGGCCUGAAGAGACGCAGAGUUGCAGAGCCAAGUUUCAGAAUCGCCUUGCAGCUUUCAACAGGCACCACAUGAACUAACUCUGGAGUUCAACGAGCAAAAAUGGGUGGAGUUCAACAUGCUGGCUAAUAUGUAAAAUGAACGUUGGAUGGUUCAGUUACGCGCCGAACACUUCCAGGGAUGAUGCAACUUGGAACAAAAAGUUUCCUGCAGAAGUUCAUUUACAGCCAGAUUCUUCAUUCCAGGGAUGAUGGAACUUGCGAUAACUUCUGCAAACAAUAUGCACUUUACAGUCAGAUUCUUCAUUUAUUUUUCAUUAUUGCCUUGUAGGUAUUUUUGAUCAUUCAUCUGCCAGACAAAAAUUUGUGAAAAAUGCAAAUCAUAGAUGGGCCUCAAGAACACACUUGCUCUGGUAUGGCCUUUUCUACCUGGAGCGGGGUUCGGAGUUUGAUUCUCCGAACCCCUGUUUUCUCAAUAUCCUAGCUUCUUUCCUUGGCAGCAUGAAGGUUAGCUGCAACGAAAAUCACCUCAAAUGUUCACCCAAGAUUUAUGCAUUAGUUUUGGGUACCAUCACCCUGAUUUGUGAGAAAAUUCAAUUAUGAUACAGAGCUUCUCAUCGGAACAUCUGACAUCAUCAGCUAUCAACUUGCGGCACAACCGAGGGAUAAUAUGUAAUAAUUCUCUACCAUUGUUUAUGUCUUAGAUCUAAUCAGUUUCUGCUUUCUCCAGUAGUCAUAAGUUCAUGUGUUCAGAGAAAUUUUCUUCAGAUCAGAUGAUCGACUUGAUGCUGAUGACAUGCUUUUUAGAGCAGGUACAAUAGCAAGUUAUUAGCCAGCUACAAACAUAUUUUAAUGAGAUAAAAGAUAAGAGAGAAGAGUAGCGGGCUACAGAUU